GCCAUGAGAAAUCCUUUUGGUAUCGCCAUCUAUGAGGAUCAAGUUUACUGGAUUGACCGGCAACUUAUGACGUUGUCAUCCGCUAACAAGUUCACUGGGGAAAUUUCAAGGGAAAUUCAUCUUGGAACGACACCUAUGUCCAUGUCCAUUAUCGGACUGUUCCCGGAACCCCUUCAUUAUGAUGUCGUCAACUACUGCGACGUCUUUCCCAGCUGUUCCCAUCACUGCCUGCCCUCCCCAGCCAGCCCGACUAAUUUCACCUGCGCUUGCCCCCCUAUGGCCUACUUGGACACGGACGGUAGCACCUGUCUCUGUGAUAAUGGAAAACUGCUCCUGAGUGAUGGGGAAGGGUGUCAGAAGGAACCAAUCCACGUCCGCGGCCUGACCAGUGGUUACCUGGCCGAUCACGGCCUGAACUUUGACAUGAGAUGCACCGUCAGUGAAGACGAGGGAGUGAUCUGCACUCCUAGGGGAGCAAUUAAGGAGGCCACCGUAGCUGAUCCUGAAGGAUGGUAUGAAUGCCGCGCUCCACGAAAUUAGUAUGCUGCAUAGAGCAGGUCCAGGUACCUGACUAAAAGUCAUUUUUGAUCACCAUUUUGAUCACCGCCCGCUUCCUUUUUGGAGGCCUCCUUUUUUUUUCUUUUUUUUCUUUUUUUACACGAACAAAAAUGAUAAAUUUUAAACAGUGACAUCAUUCUGGCCUCUUUGUCUGGUGCAUCUAGUAUAUGUCAUUCCUGAGUCCAAGUGGCGGCCAUUUAAAAAAAAAAGCU